CUCGUUGGUUUCUGUUCAUCAUCAUCGUUAUCUCAACAUGGCGAUUGUGUCUCUGCGAAACUCAGCGUCCUCGCUGUUGUUAUUUAGCAGACGUUUAUUCAGCCCGGAGCUCAAGACACAGUGUUUAUAUCACAUAAAGGUGGUGGACCAUUAUGAAAACCCAAGAAAUGUAGGAACUCUAGACAAAAACUCCAAAAAUGUGGGGACUGGUUUGGUGGGUGCACCGGCCUGUGGUGAUGUAAUGAAGCUUCAGAUCGAGGUGGAUGACCAUGGCAUGAUUGUUGAUGCAAAGUUUAAGACAUUUGGCUGCGGAUCAGCCAUUGCCUCCAGUUCUCUAGCGACAGAGUGGGUGAAGGGGAAGUCGGUGGAAGAAGCUCUGAAGAUCAGGAACACAGACAUCGCCAAAGAACUCUGCCUUCCACCAGUCAAGCUGCACUGCUCCAUGCUUGCAGAGGAUGCCAUUAAAGCAGCGCUGUCAGACUACAGAAUAAAACAACAGGACAAGAAGGAGAAGCGUGUGCAAGCCACCGGUUAAUGUGUGUUAUUCACAAUCCGUUGUGUCUCCAGCCCUGUAAUGUUUCACUGCAGUGCUGUUUGAAAGGAUGGAUCACCAUAAUACUACACCAGGUCUUCAGGGAGUUUAUACACCAUGAAUCUCUUAAGAAAAUGGCAGGGGUUAUUGUUUAUCUGCUUCUCAUCUCAUAAUCAGUCAUUGGCUCUUUAUUGAGGCUGAUUUUGGAGUUGGAAGUUCAUGGUAAACAUCUUAAUUCAAACACUCCUUUGCAGUGUUUUCUACACAGAAACCAAAUAAAGAAAUCAGAAACUAUAGGUCAAGAUUUUUUUCAAUAUAUUUGUUGGCCUUUCCUCUUUAUUUGGCUGAAUCGUAUAAAAUCACAUCUCCAUCGUGAAGGAUUCAGUAUAAAAAUGCAGUUAAAGAACGCAUUCAAUAUUAUUAUUCAGAGUAUUCUAUGGCUGUGUGUGCCUAUUGUGAAUAAAGUUAUUUAAAAAAAAAAAAAAA